UUGAAUAUCUCAUUAUGUCCUUUUAAUCUAUCUAUCUAUCUAUCUAUCUAUCUAUCUAUCUAUCUAUCUAUAAUUCUGUUUCUAUCUAUAUUUGUCCUCUCUUCAUAUCUAUCUAUCUCAUUUAUUUUGUUUAUCCUCUAUCUUUUUCCUCUAUUCAUAUCUAUCUAUCUAUCUAUCUAUCUAUCUAUCUAUCUAUCUAUCUAUCUAUCCUUUUCCUCUCCUCAUAUCUAUCUAUCUAUCUAUCUCCUUUCUCUCUUUCUCUCUUUCCCUUUCUUUCUUUUUUCUAAUUGCGCUUCUUUCUUUCUUUCUUUCUUUCUUUCUUUCUUUCUUUCUUCCUCCCUUUUCACAUUCAUUGAUUUAUCUUCCUUUCAUUUCGUCCUUUUGUUUUCAUUAUCUUUCUAUCUAUCUAUCUAUCUAUCUAUCUAUCUAUUAGCUAUUUCAGCCUGUUCAUUAUCAAUCCCAGUCUAUUCCCUGUUCAUUAUCUAUCUCAGUCUAUUCGUUAUCUAUCUAUGUAGCUAUGUAGCUAAGUCUAUUCAUUAUCUAUCUAUCUAUCUAUCUAUCUAUCUAUCUAUCUAUCUAUCUCACUCUCUUUGCUCUUUCUUUUCCUUUCCUUUCUACGUUUUGUUUUCAUUAUCUAUCUAUCUAUCUAUCUAUUGUCUGUUCAUUAUUUAUCUGUCUAUCUGUCCACCUCAGUUCUGUUCAUUAUCUAUCUAUCUAUCUAUCUAUCUAUCUAUCUAUCUGUCUAUCUCUUCAUAUCUCUCUUUGUAUGUCUCUAUCGAUAUCUGUUCAUAUCUUUGUCUCUAUCUGUAUAUGCUCAUAUAUUUAUUUCCAUCUAUCUAUCUAUCUAUCUAUCUAUCUAUCUAUCUAUCUAUCUAUCUAUCUCUUCAUAUCUCUCUUUGUAUGUCUCUAUCGAUAUCUGUUCAUAUAUUUGUCUCUAUCUGUAUAUGCAACAUAUAUUUAUUUAUUUCCAUCUAUCUAUCUAUCUAUCUAUCUAUCUAUCUAUCUAUCUAUCUGUCUAUCUCUUCAUAUCUCUCUUUGUAUGUCUCUAUCGAUAUCUGUUUCUUAUCUUUGUCUCUAUCUGUAUAUGCUCAUAUAUUUAUUUCCAUCUAUCUAUCUAUCUAUCUAUCUAUCUAUCUAUCUAUCUAUCUAUCAUCUAUCUCUUAUCUCUUUGUAUGUUUCUAUCGAUAUCUGUUCAUAUCUUUGUCUCUAUCUGUAUAUGCUCAUAUAUUUAUUUCCAUCUAUCUAUCAUAUCUAUCUAUCUAUCUAUCUAUCUAUCUCUUCAUAUCUCUAUAUGUCUCUAUAGAUAUUUCAUAUUCUUUGUCUCUAUCUGUAUAUGCUCAUAUAUUUUAUCCAUCUAUCUAUCUAUCUAUCUAUCUAUCUAUCUAUCUAUAUCUAUCUAUCUAUCUAAUCUAUUCUCUCUUUGAAUGUCUCUAUCGAUAUCUGUUCAUAUCUUUGUCUCUAUCUGUAUAUGCUCAUAUAUUUAUUUCCAUCUAUCUAUCUAUCUAUCUAUCUAUCUAUCUAUCUAUCUAUCUAUCUAUCUAUCUAUCUAUCUCUUCAUAUCUCUCUUUGUAUGUCUCUAUAGAUAUCUGUUCAUAUCUUUUUGUCUCUAUCUGUAUAUGCUCAUAUAUUUAUUUCCAUCUAUCUAUCUAUCUAUCUAUCUAUCUAUCUAUCUAUCUAUCUAUCUAUCUAUCUAUCUCUUCUAUCUCUUUUUAUCUAUCUAUCGAUAUCUGUUCAUAUCUUUGUCUCUAUCUGUAUGCUCAUAUAUUUAUUUCCAUCUAUCUAUCUAUCUAUCUAUAUUUAUCUCUUCAUAUCUCUUUGUAUGUCUCUAUCGAUAUCUGUUCAUAUGCUCUAUCUAUCUAUAUAUCUAUAUAUUUAUUUCCAUCUAUCUAUCUAUCUAUCUAUCUAUCAUCUAUCUAUCUGUCUAUCUAUCUAUCUCUCUUUGUAUGUCUAUAUAGAUAUCUAUUCAUAUCUUUGUCUCUAUCUGUAUAUGCUCAUAUCUAUUUCAUAUCUAUCUAUCUAUCUAUCUAUCUAUCUAUCUGUCUAUCUCUUCAUAUCUCUCUUUUAUAUGUCUCUAUAGAUAUCAUCUAUCUUUGUCUCUAUCUGUAUAUGCUCAUAUAUUUAUCUAUCUAUCUAUCUAUCUAUCUAUCUACAUCUAUCUAUCUAUCUCUUCUAUCUCUUUUUGUAUGUCUCUAUCGAUAUCUGUUCAUAUCUUUGUCUCUAUCUGUAUAUGCUCAUAUAUUUAUUUCCAUCUAUCUAUCUAUCUAUCUAUCUAUCUAUCUCUUCUCAUCUCUUUGUAUGUCUCUAUCGAUAUCUGUUCAUAUCUUUGUCUCUAUCUGUAUAUGCUCAUAUAUUUAUUUCCAUCUAUCUAUCUAUCUAUCUAUCUAUCUAUCUAUCUAUCUGUCUAUCUCUUCAUAUCUCUCUUUGUAUGUCUCUAUAGAUAUCUGUUCAUAUCUUUGUCUCUAUCUGUAUAUGCUCAUAUAUUUAUUUCCAUCCAUCCAUCUAUCAUCUAUCUAUCUAUCUAUCUAUCUAUCUAUCUAUCUAUCUCUUCAUAUCUCUCUAUCUAUAGAUAUCUGUUCAUAUCUUUGUCUCUAUCUGUAUAUCUCAUAUAUUUAUUUCCAUCUAUCUAUCUAUCUAUCUAUCAUCUAUCUAUCUAUCUAUCUAUCUGUCUAUCUUCAUAUCUCUCUUUGUAUGUCUCUAUCUAUAUCUGUUCAUAUCUUUGUCUCUAUCUGUAUAUGCUCAUAUAUUUAUUUCCAUCUAUCUAUCUAUCUAUCUAUCUAUCUAUCUAUCUAUCUAUCUGUCUAUCUAUCUCUUCAUAGUCUCUAUCGAUAUCUGUUCAUAUCUUUGUCUCUAUCUGUAUAUGCUCAUAUAUUUAUUUCCAUCUAUCUAUCUAUCUAUCUAUCUAUCUAUCUAUCUAUCAUCUAUCUAUUUGUCUAUCUCUUCAUAUCUAUUUAUAUGUCUAUAUAG